ACCUGUUAUAUAAUAUGUAAUACUACCUGUUGAUCAACAUGCUCAUACUGUACAGUUUCACUGCAAUUCUCCCCUUAUUUCAUCCUUUUCAGAAUAAAGUCCUGGACAUCGAUGGAGUGAAGGUUAAGCUUCAGAUCUGGGACACCGCGGGACAGGAGCGGUUCCGCAGUGUCACUCACGCGUACUACCGAGACGCCCAUGCUCUGCUCUUGCUGUACGACGUCACCAACAAAACAUCUUUCGACAACACGCGGGCUUGGCUGGCCGAGAUCCACGAGUACGCCCAAGAAGACGUUGUCCUGAUGCUGCUGGGAAACAAGGCUGAUUCCACUCACGAGAGAGUGGUGAAGAAGGAGGACGGGGAGAGACUGGCCAAGGAGUUUGGGGUUCCCUUCAUGGAGACCAGCGCCCGGUCCGGCCUCAACGUGGAGCUGGCGUUCACCGCACUGGCCAAGGCGCUCAGGCACCGCUCCAGCUCGGAGGCAGACGACAAGUUUAAACUGCACGACUACGUCAGCAAGGAGGUGAAGAGCCCCGGCUGCUGCAGGUCCUAG